AUGAGCAUAUCAAAUUUGCCCCCCCAAAGGCCUCAGCAUACUAUUUCCCUACAUAGCCAACUUCCAUCCUUGGAUAACCCAUUUCUCAAUGCAUUGUUUAACAAUACCAAAAUCAAUUCAAACAAUUCUUUGCAUGACGUUGUGGAUCAGAUCUCAAAGUAUCCUGGUGACUACAUAAUAUUAGUUCCUGAUACAAAAUUUCUUCUACUCAGUGUAGAUCAAGACACUGAUAAGUCAUAUAAAGAGUUAUCUACAGAAAGCGAUUUCAUCCAAUCGCAUAUUAUCAAGGUCAAUUUACACAAGUACGAAAGUUCCAUUCCCAAUUCUAUCUCUUCUAAGCAAUUGACGACCCUCAACAACAAAACCAUCACGAUACGGAAAAGUCUUAUACAGAACGUAAAGGGAUUUAAACAUGAUUUUAGCGUAAGGAUUCUUGAUCAACUGUUUUUCAGAUCGUUCGCCAAUUACAUUCCAUUUGGGACUAACUUUCACUUGUUCAUGAUUGAAGAAGCAUUAAUUGGCAAUCCUUUAUAUUCUGGAUUGAAGAAGGUCAAAAACUUGGAGCUUGUUGUUCCAAAGAAGCUUUCUAGUUACAUUGAUCUUGACGUAACAGAUGACGAUGCAGGCAUUGGUCUUGACACUUCUCCUAUUUCAUUCGAUGACGUUCUCAGGGAAGUACCACAACUUGGUGCAGAAGUUGGUGAGCCGUUCAAGAGACUUUUUCAAGAGUUUUCAGUACGUAAUGUGACCACCGAGAUAGAACUCAGCGAUGCUUUCACUGGUGUGAUGAGCAAAGGAAGUUCCGUAGUCAAUUCCCUUUCCGAUAGUAUCUGCAAGGAUAUUUAUACACAAUUUCCGGAUUUAGAUCUCAGGCAGGCGAUCUUUAAUUAUAUUGAAAUGAACAUUUAUGAUCGAUUCUGGGCACGUUAUUUGGAGAUUCAUCCUCAUAGAGAGGAUUCUAUCGUCAACAAGGCAUAUACCCGCUUGAAAGACCUUAGCAUUACUCAAGUGGGACUACCAGAAAGAUGGUUCGUUGAUCCUGACAAGUUUAUUUCCCUUGAGAAAAGAGUCCUAAGUGCCAUUGCCGAGUUCAGGAAGUUAGAGUUUGCCACCACCACUUUUGAGAAGUGCUCUAUCAUCUGCCGCACUUUCAGGUAUCUCUCUGAUAGAACUUCCGUUGCCAGCAAAUCUUCAAACGGCUCACUUAUUGAUGCUGAUACUCUCAUCUCCCUAUUUCUUUUAGUGGUUUCUCAUGCUGGGGUGUUCAAUUUGAACAGUCAUCUAAACUAUAUUCGAAGCUACUCAUUCAUGGAUGAUUCGCUUGAGUCGGGAUUUGUUGGAUAUGCUUUGUCCUCUUUUGAAGCAGUGCUUAACUAUUAUGAUGAUAAAAGUAGCCUAAAGCAACUUGAGCAGUAUUCUGAUAAGAACAAUGAGUUAUGGCAACUAAUAAUAUCGGUUUCUUCGGAUUCUAACGAAAAUAAUACGGAAAAUGAUGCCAGCAAUGACAAUAAUAUUAUCAAAAAAGUGUGCCAUCUCAUAGAUCCAUUUGAUGAUGGAAUUAAUAUUCAUUGGGAUUGCUUCUUGAGAAGCCGUACAUUGAAUGGAGAAUCCUGUUUGAUGCUAGCUUUACUGCAAAAUAAUUUCAAAUUGUUUAAAGCAAUGUUAGACUACCGAUUUGUGUUCACAUUAGAUGAUAUUCUUGAAGAUAGAAGCAUUGAUGGACUAAAUCUACUUAAUGCAGCCCUUCAAUUGAAGCAUCCACUCGUCGGCGAGUUAGCCGAUAUUAUUUUACAGGCAGAAGAGGGUGAAAUCGAGAGCUACUCUAAUGCGAAGGAUAAUAAAAGGCGGUUAUUAGGCCACUUCUUGUUUCAUGACUAUAGGCUUAUCCCUAAAUUUGGCAGAUAUAUCGAUUGGAGAGCUAAAGAUAUUACUGGAAAGACUCCUUUCUUUACAAUAGUUCGAUGCUAUGAUCAUCCAAAUUAUGUAGAUCUUCUGAAGGUCACUAUGAAAUCCAUUUCUGCUUGGUAUGAAAUGAAAGGUAUGAGAUUUGAUUACAAAGAUCAUAUCGAUAAUAAAGGAAACACUCUAAUUCAUGCGAUCAAAGAUGGUCAGAGUUUAAAACAAUUUCUCUCUGAAUAUUUGUGCUUGAAUUUGAACUAUUUCAAUAAUAAUCAGCAGACUCCUUUGAUGCAGUAUGUACGUUACAAUCGUCUGUCCAACAUUGAGGCAAUAUUGAGAGACAGCAGACUUGAUCUACUAAUAUCGGAUCAUCGUUAUCAGCUUACCGCGGAGGAUUAUAUCAAGGUCGAGAAAAUUCAGGAUUCGGACGAUUCGAAUCAAAGAGCUAAUAGGAAAAUUAUGGAUCUACUAGACUCAGAACUGAAUCGAAGGUAUGCUGUUUCGUAUAACGGAUGCAGCUGUUGUGCUGUUAGAGUGAAGUUUGAUGCCAAUCGUGAUCUCUGUAUCUAUUUUAGAUACUAUGAUGAUAACGAAAGCCGAAUGAUCAUUCAUAGCUAUACCGAUUUCAAGAAAUUUUUUAAGCUUCUUAAGUUACAGUAUGCUGAAACUUAUAUUGGGAAUAAUCAGGUGUGGUUACCGGGCUAUAUAGAGAUCAGCGAUAGACUCAACAUAAACUACUCGAAGAAGUUUUGCCUGAACAGACUUCUUCUCACGGUUAACCUGCUUCUUAGUUGUAUUCGUUUCAAUCCUUCAUUGAGAGAGUCGAAAAUCACCAAAGAUUUUCUCUCUGUUCAGAAACCAUUGAAUGAGAUGAACUAUUUGAAAAAAAAACAGAAAAAUGAGGAGAAUAGACGCCAGGAGAUUCUUGGAUCAGAUGACAGCAGACUUUAUAUGUUGAAACCAGAAGAGGUUGGCAAUUACAAGACCUUUUUAAAGUUUUCGAAUGCGGAAUUAAUGAGGCUGUCACGUUCUUUAGACAGAUUCUAUCGUAUGGAAUGUUUCAUGCAUAUGAAACGGGGUGAUCUUGAAUAUGUGAAAGAGAAUUUAGUGUAUUUUGUAGCCAGAAGUGGGAAGAAGGAAUCCAUUGAGGAAAAUUUAGGCUCUAUUCCUUGGAAGCUUCUUCAUAAGUUGGCAGACCGACAACGAGAUAUCCACAACUUGGAAAUCGCAACUUACAAAGACAUCUUUGUUGAGUCGCUGAAGCUUCUAAGAGAAUCGGUUGUGGAAUUGACCAACUGCAUCCUGCGAUUUUUUCAAGGCAAAAUUAGCUGUUGGUGGAAACUAUACGGAGAGAUAAAAGGAAUUGGAGAUGAGUUAGUUAAAAUCUUGAGAGUUGAAAAGGGUAAGAGCGCUCAGUCGGCGGCGGCGUCGUCGUCGUCGUCUUCAUCAUCAUCCCCAUUGUCAUCACCCACAGUGUUAAAUCAGGUAUUGUUGGAAGUAGGAACAUUGAUUGGCACUAUUGAUAACGACUCGGCCAAGGAGUUGCGAUCAAAAAUGGCUACUACAAAUGGGAUAUACGGACUUUUCGAGAGUAAUGGAGGGUACCUAUCAGGAAUUAUAGAGAAACGAAGAGAAGAUUAUACCGUGAAGCUUAUUGAAAGGUUCAAGAAGUUGAAAAACGAGAUGAUUAUGCUCAAUAUUGAUCUGAAGAAAGAGUAUGAGGACUUGUGUAUAGAACUCAAUAACUUCUACGAGUUUCGAGGAAAGGUUAUGAACUUUGCGUUUAACAACUUGGCAAAGGAUAGAAUUCAAACGUUGAGGCUUCAAAAGGAGAUGAUGAUGAAUUAUAAGUCGUGGGAAAAUGUAUAA